AGGAUCCGUCAACGGUGGACCAUUCACUUAUUGCCACCGCAGCUCCGCACGGUGUGACGAUAUUAUUGUUAUUUGUGCGAAUUCGUCCACCAAUAGAAUUGUUUUAUUGGUUUUCUUCGAUUUUUCAUUCGUAUUCAUCCCGUCUGCACAUUUUCCGCGUGCAUUCAAAAUGAUGAUCGCACAGUGUCUUCUGGUAGCCGGAAUCGCGGCAGUAACGGUAUCUAUGCCAGUCACUCAAGAGGAGUAUGCCAGGUACAUAGCUCAGCAACAGACUGAAAAGGGCCAACCGAUCCGCAGGCCUGUACUACUGCAGGUGGUCCCGGCCGGCGGUGCAGCUUACCAACAACCGGCAGCAGCGUCACCUCGACCAGCUUACCAACAGCCAGCUUCUUACCAGCCACAGCCCGCUGCUUACCAGCCCCAACCAGCGGCAUACCAACCCCAACCCGCUGCGUACCAACCACAGCCCGCCGCGUACUCAUCACCCCAAACCUACCAGCAACCGGAAGAGUACCAACAACCCGAACAACCAUACCAGCCAUCUGCCCGGCCACAAGCACCACGCCCAAAGGCCCCAUCCAAGCCUAAAUAUCAGAACAGGCCCGAAAAACCAGACGACGAGGAAAACGACAACAACCCUAAUGCUCAAUACCAGUUUUCGUUCGACAUCAGUGACGACGAGUCAACAAACUACCACAACCGCAAAGAGCAGAGAGAUGGUGAAAAGAUUUCUGGAAGUUACAGCGUCGUAGAUUCAGAUGGAUUUAUCCGUACAGUCACAUAUACUGCCGAUCCUGAAGAGGGAUUCAAAGCUGAAGUGAGCCGAGAGCCGACCAACAUCCAAGUUAAGAUUCCCACUCCAGCACCACAAACAGCGUCGCCAGCACCUCAAUACAGAUUGCCCGAGAGGAAGCCACAGCAGCCGCAAUACAUAUCAGUCCAGGCUAGCGAACCCGAAUCCGCGGCGCAACCGGCCGACCCGAUCUCCGGUUAUUACCGCAGUCCGCCGCAACAGGUCAAGCAAGCGCCGGCCGCGCACCGUUUCGCCGCGCCCAGGCCACAGCCAGGCCAAAAGGCCAGCGCGCUGGGCUACGCAACGGCGCCGACCAACUCUCCGCCGAUCAUCUACCAGGCGUACGACCAGUAAGACAAGUGCACGAUAAUAACAACACGUAUUAUUGUGUGUGGCAGUGGACGGACGGUGGCGCGGUCGUCGUCGUAGUCGUCCCUGCCACUGCAUCUCAGACCCGAAACACACGCGCCUCCGCGUCCCAACCGCAGUCGGCCAUCAAUCCGUCCUGGUCGGCACUCAUGUCCAGACCGUACACGUAGUCGGAAUGGUUUUGGUGGCUCUGCCGCGGUUCCGACGACACACCGUAAUCCCAUAUCCUAUAAAUAUACGUCAUUAUAAUAAUAAUAAUAAUUGAUAUAAUAUUAUAUAGAUUAUACGCGCACCACAUUAUAUUAU